AGCAACGUCGGCUCAAGAUGUAAUGUGGGGGGAUACUGUACCCGAUGGUCCUCCGGGCAGUUCUGUGCUGUGGCAGCAGAGGCUGCUCCCUGCGGCAGUGUGCCGGCCUCACCUUCAAGGCGGCCACCGCUCUCUGCACCCUGCAGGCGGUCGUCCGCAGCAUCUCGCUAGUCAGCUUCGACCCCUUCACCCUGGAGGCGGGCCCCGACGAGGCACCGCUGGGCCCCGGCGGCGCGCCCAACAAGGGCGCGGGGCGGCAGCACGGCGGCCUCGACCAGGCCGCCGCCGCCGCCGGGGCCAGCGAGCCCGACGGCGCUGCCGCGCUGGGCGGCAGUGGCGCGGAGGCGGCGAACGACCGCGCCGAGGGCGCCCAGGCCGCGCUUGGGCCCGGGGCGGGCGAGCCAGGCACGGCCGCGGCGGACAGCGGGAGCCCCGUGCCCCUCUUCUCGAUCAGCCCUGCGGCGGAGCGCAAGGGCCACCAGUUCCACGCGAAGGAGUUCCGCGAGAUCUUCGUCGACCCACUCAAGCGGCACCCCUCGCUGAGACAAGACAACGAAUCACAGUUCUCUUUCAUGUGCUGCUUCCGGUCCGACCACAAGGACCCGACCCGCGAGUGGCUCCUAGGAAACUUGUCGGCCCGCACGCCCGAAAGGCCGUACCUCGUGUUUGUCCACGGCCUCUCCCUAGACGACAAGCCCCACUCGAACCCCUACAAAAAGCUGAUCCUGGAGCGCGACGACUUUCUGUACCUGCAUUUUGACCUGCGCGGUUACAGGCCGUACACCGACCACAUAGCUCGCUUCCCCGGCAUCACAGUGGCUCCUCCCGUGUUCUUCGAGGGCCCCGCGCCGAAUUUGGAUGUUGUGCCGCCUUACACCCUCACGUUCCGGGGCAGCCUUAGAAUGCGCAAUUCUAUGGGGCCAAACCAUCCCCGUAGAAUGAUUGCCGAGGUGGCCAAACAUCUGACCGACCGGGCGGACGUGGCCAUAGAGUGGUUGAACAAGUCUCUGCCGGAUUGGAAGCAGGGAGGGGACCGCCUCGUACAGAAGAGCGACAGGGAAAGGUACAUGGAGCUGAUGAAUACCAAGUUUGUUUUGAUGUUGCGCGGCGUGGACAGAUGGUCAUACCGCUUCUCAGAGGCUAUAGGAGCAUGCGCAAUCCCAGUGCUUAUCUCUCACUCACCGAAAUUCGGGCUAACACUUCCCUACGAGGAGCUGAUCAAUUGGAGCCAGCACGUAAUUGUGUUGUCCCAAAUUCUUGGAAAGAAGAACGAGGCCGACACCUUGAGGAAGCUGAAUCAGACCCCUCGUCUACUGGUGGACAGCCUCCCAUCCGAUCCCGAAACCAUACAGACAAUGCGCCGCAAGAUCUGCGCACUGAACGACGAGUUCUUCUCUACUGCGAAGAAGCGCGCAGAAGCCACCCUGCGCGCGGCUGCCAUCAGGGCGUCCUUACCUCGCUGGCCAAAUGGGCAGAAUGGCGCUAAUGGUAUAGUCGAAGAGCCCACAGAGACCAAAGUACCCCAAACAAAUACGCAUCUUGUGGACUGCGCUGGAACCUAAGUGGCGUGAUAACAAGCCUGCGGAAUCAUUUUGGUGAAAUGGCUUACAGGGUCGGCUGGACUGGCCUGGAGGAGGGCAAUCGAGGGUUUUCCAGGCCACCAGAAUUCAAGCUAGCAGACAACUCUGGCCAUAUAAUGCUUCCACAUGAUACAUUCCUGAAGUCCUGUGCAGAGAUCGUGACGAUGUCCUCCAUACGAAGGUUUGCCAAAGUGCUGGUGAUAAUUGCGGGAAGGCUAUGCGUUCAAUUACCAAACCCUUGGCAAUCCGCAGACAGAGGUUGGAGCCACGUUGGGCGAGAGCAUCGUGGAGUGUCAACAGCUCGCGUUCCGCAGGGUUUUUA